AUGGAUCGUGAUAGAGUCUCUAGUUCCAUUAACUCUCCUCCAUAUUUUGAUGGGAAAGAUUACUCUCAAUGGAAAGUAAUGAUGAUGGCUUUCCUGCAAUCUCAAGAGGAUAAAUUAUGGAACAUUAUAGAGAAAGGUUGGAUAGAACCAACUAAAAGGGAAGCUAAAACUUCAAAUCUUAUUCCUAAACCGAGAGGUGAGUGGACUGUUGCUGAGCAAUCUGAUCACAAAUGUGAUACUAAAGCUCGUUAUAGCCUUUUCGCUGCCUUGUCGGAUAAGGAAAGAAAAAGAAUUACAAAUUGUCCAACUGCUAAAACUUCUUGGGAAUUACUUCAAACCACUCAUGAGGGUAACAAAAAGGUGAAAGCACAAAAACUUCAAAGCCUUGUGCUUGAAUUUGAAGAAAUGACUAUGAGAGAGGAUGAAUCUGUUGAUGACUUCCAUAGUCGCCUCAUCAAUGUUACCAAUCAAUGUCAUGGGUUGGGUGAUCCUAUUAUAGAACAUAGAAUUGUGAAAAAGUUUCUUCGAGCUCUUCCUCCUAGUUUUGAGGCUAAGCAAAUUGCCAUUGAGGAAGCUCAAGAUCUUGAUUCAUACUCAUUAGAUGAGCUUGUGGGAAAUUUGAAAACCUUUGAGUCAAAAAGGAGAAAGGGUAAGAAAGAAAAAACAAUUGCUCUAAGCCCUUUGAAGAAAGAGGAAGACCUUUCUGAUUUUAAUCUAGAAGAAUUUGCUCUUCUCACAAAACAGUUCAAAAAAUUUCUUAAAUCUGCAAGGUCUCUCCCUUCUAGCUCUAGAAAUUUUUCUAGUUCUACUUAUUCCAAAAGAAAUCAGAAUGAUGAUGUUUCAAAUGACAAAUACUCAAAGUCCUCAAAGUUUCUUCAAAAGAAGUCUUUUGGUGAAAAACCAAAAUGUUUUGAAUGUCAAGGAUAUGGUCAUCUUGCUGCUGAUUGUGCAAACAAAAAACUUAAGUCUCAAUCAAAUAGAGCUUUUAAAACCUCUUGGAGUGAUAGUGAAUCGGAAACUAAGUCCGACCAUGAAGAGGAGGAUGUUGCCCUUGUUGCUACCACUCAAAAUGAGUCCUCAGAUGAAUCUGAUGAUGAUGAGCACUCUGAGGAGGUAGCCUCUAACAAGUUCGAGCAACUGUACAAAGCCUCAAAAAUAAUGAUUGGAAAGAUUGAGGAAUUGAAUAAUCAACUUGCUGUUUGUGAAAACGAAAAAACUGGGAUCGCAGAGAAGUUUCAAUCCUGCAAGAAGAAGUGGGAAAUUAAAAGAAAUGCAUUGGUAAGUCAAGUGGAGACUCUGCAAGAGAACUUGAAUGCUCAAAUCAGGUUAGUUAAUUCUCUAACGUUUGAAAAAAUCUUUCUUGAAAAAUCCUUACAUGAUUCUCAAGAAAAGUUUUCAAAAUUUUCAAUUGGAUCUGAUAAGGUUUCCAAACUGAUUGGAAUGGGCAAAGUUGAUAGGGAUAAAAGGGGUCUUGGUUUUCAUUCUGGAGAAAGCUCCUCUAAAAGGCCAACUAUUUUCGUGAAAAGUAAAUUGUUGCCUAAAGAAACUGUUCCUAAGUCAUCCAAAAGAUUCAUUCCCAUUUGUCACUAUUGUGGUAUCUCUGGACACAUUAGACCAAGGUGUCAUCAACUCAAAAAAGGUCCUCAAAAGUCUACUGGAUCUCAUGAAAACUCUUUGCUUCUUUCUUUACAGUCAUCUCUGGAAAAAUCCUUGAAAGAAUUUGGAAGGAUUGCUAAACUUGUUGCAAUCCCUAGAAAAGAAAAAACUGUUUGGAGAAAGAAAAAUAAGUCAUUUCAUCCACUUACCCCUGCUGAUUCUGAACCCUCUGAAAUGUGUCUUAUAUCCUCUUUUUCUUUCUCACAAGUUGAAGAAAAUGAUUCCAUUGCUACAUGCUUGGUUGCUCUUACUGCUCUUUCAUCUAGAAGAGUUGAUACUUGGUAUUUGGAUAGUGGGUGCUCUAGGCACAUGACAGGUGAUAAAAACUGGUUCUCAUCUUUCUAUGAUGAGGUUAUCAAUGGUUCUGUCACUUUUGGUGACGGAAAGAAAGCAAAGGUUAUGGGAAAAGGGAUUGUAACUGCUCCUGGUAUCCCAAAUUUAAAAAAUGUGUUGUAUGUUGAAGGACUCCAAGCUAAUCUUAUUAGUGUGAGUCAAUUGAGUGAUGACUUUGAAGAGGUUAGAUUCAAUAAGCUGAGAUGUCUUGUUCUUGAUGGUAAGGGUAAGAGUGUCAUGGGUGGACUACGAUCCAAAGAUCAUUGUUAUUGUGUUAAUGCUAAUGAUUCUAUCUCUUCUCAGAUUUGUCUUAGUUCCUCCUCGACUGAAGAUACUCUCAAUCUUUGGCAUAGACGCCUCUGCCAUGUGAACUUCCAAGACUUGGUGAAGCUCUCCACCAAAGAAGGGGUAAGAGGUUUGCCCAAAUUGAGUGGGAAACCAACCGGUAUGUGUGAGGGUUGCAAGCUUGGUAAGCAAACUCGUUCUUCACAUAGGGUCACUAAUUAUGUGUCUACUUCACAACCCUUUGAUUUAAUGCAUAUGGAUCUGGUUGGACCUGUUCAAACUAAAAGCUUAGGUGGUAAGAAGUACAUGCUUGUUCUAGUCGAUGAUUUUUCUAGGUUCACUUGGGUGAAAUUCUUGUGUGAAAAAUCUGAUGCUUUUGACAACUUUCAAAACUUAUGCAAAAUGAUUUCAAAUGAGCAAUACUCUUCAAAUAAAUGCAUUGUAAGACUUAGAACUGAUCAUGGAACUGAAUUUGAAAAUGCGUUAUUUGAUGAGUUUUGUAAUGAUAUGGGAAUUAAGCAUGAGUUCUCAGCUCCCAUAACUCCGCAACAAAAUGGUGUUGUGGAAAGGAAAAACAGGGUUUUAAUUGAAAUGGGAAGAGUUAUGUUAAACUCUGCUGGUCUUACUCAUACUUUUUGGGCAGAAGCAAUUAGCAAUGCUUGCUAUACCAUCAAUAGGGUCAUCUUUCGAUCGGGAACUGAAAAAACUCCUUAUGAGAUUUUGAAAGGAAAGAAACCAAAUGUUAUGGAUGAAACAAAUGUUGAACGACUAUGGUUUCCCUCAAGGCUGUAUGUUACAUCUUGUAUGUGCUGCACUUAG